AUGAAUAUUGAAACAACAAAGACAGCAACAACACAACUGUUGAAUGAAUACUACCAAAUCAGCACUCAAGCCAUACCAACACAGAGAGUCAAGUCUGAAUGGCAGGAUGACAACAAACGAGGUUUGUUUUUGGGAAUCAUCCAAGAGGGAGAAACCUCACACAUCACUCGACUGCACAACCUGCUGACUGCCAACCAAUUUGCAGAGCAGCAGGAAUUCUCAACCAAGAUCCAGUUGGCAGACUCAGAACAUCAUUGUACAUUCAUUGAUGACAUGUUUGGGUAUUACAUACUGCCAUUCCACAAAGACUACAACGAUUCAUCCAGCUGUCACACUCCAGUUUCAUCAAACCCAACAUCAAGAACCAACUCUGCUGAUGAUCUGGACUAUGUUGCAAAAGUGAGUGAGCUACAGCACAAGGACUUGAACAAGGUGGUUGAGAAGAGAGACAGUGUCUGCUUGUUUUGCUGGAAUAAGCUGUCCUUGCAAGGAGCACACAUCAUAUCCCAAAAGAACAUUGGAAUGGCAUACAACGAACCAUCCAUCUUGCAAUGA